AUGACUGAAGGGUGUGGAUUGGAGCAGUUUGUUCUGUUGGAAAAAGCAUGCAAAGACCUCAGCAGAAGAGAUUGUGUUCGAAUGAGAAAUGUUGGAUCGUCCCAGUUUAAAACGAUUGAGGAUGAGCUGGUGAAUGCACUAGUAAAGGCCAAAUGUAUCCCAGAGAACCAUGGUGAUGAUAUGAGAAAAAUGUCCUUUCAGAGAUGUGCAAGGACAGACAAGGGUGUUUCUGCUGCUGGUCAAAUUGUCUCUCUGAAACUCUGGCUCAUUGAUGACCUGUUGGAUAAGGUCAAUGAACACCUACCAGCGGGCAUUAAAAUACUAGGACUAAAGAGAGUAACUGGGAGAUUCAACUCGAAGAACACCUGUGAUGCUCGGACCUAUUUCUAUAUGCUCCCAACCUUCUCCUUUGCCCACAAAGACCAUGACAGGCAGGAUAGAGAGUAUCGUCUCAGCAGUGACGCACUGAGCCAUGUCAACAGGCUGUUAGCCAGCUACAAGGGGACCCACAAUUUCCACAACUUCACAUCUGGGAAGGGUCCAAGAGACCCCAGCGCUAAGCGAUACAUAAUGGAAAUGUAUUGUGAAGAGCCAUUCGUGAGGCAAGGCAUGGAAUUCGCUGUCCUGAAGGUGAAAGGGCAAAGUUUCAUGAUGCAUCAAAUUAGGAAAAUGAUUGGAUUAGUGAUUGCCAUAGUGAGAGGUUACGCCCCAGAGUCCAUCAUGGUUCGGAGCUGGGGCGAGGAAAAGGUUGAUGUCCCAAAGGCUCCAGGACUGGGGCUUGUAUUGGACACAGUCCAUUUUGAGAAGUACAACAACCGUUUUGGCAAUGAUGGAGUUCAUGAGGCACUGGAGUGGCAUGACAUUGAGGACCAAAUAAUGGGAUUUAAAGAAGAUCAUAUCUAUCCAACCAUCAUCAAGACUGAAAUUGAGGAGCAGUCCAUGGCCAGUUGGCUGAGUACAUUACCAAUCCAUGAUUUUACUGCCACAGCAUCAGGAGUUCAGAUAAAUGAGAAUCACACCAAGGUAAUAUGUACAAUCUGUCCUACUGCCAGGAGCUAAUGGUGGCAAAAUGGCACUGUUGGUAGAUUAUUGAAGCAGGCACCCAGGCUAAUGCUCUGGAUACGUGUUUAAAUUUCCCAAUGGCAACUGGUGGAAUUUACAGUAGUAGAAAUCCGAAAUUGAAAGCUAAUCCCAGCAAUGGUAGCCAUGAAAUCACGGAGGGUUGUGUAAAAACCCGCUUGGUUCACUAAUGCCCUUUAGGUAAAGAAAUCUGCCAUCCUUACCCAGUCUGACCCAUAUGUGACUCCAGACCU